CUGCUCCCCGCAGUCUCUAGUUAUCCCCUGUACUAUGUCCGCAGUCUCUGGUCAUGCCUUGUACUAUGUCUGCAAUCUCUGGUCAUCUCCUGUACUAUGUUCGCAGUCUCUAGUCAUUGGUACUAUGUCCGCAGUCUCUGGUCAUCCCCUGUACUAUGUCCGCAGUCUCUGGUCAUUUCCUGUAGUGUGUCUGAAAUCUCUGGUCAUCUCCUGUAGUAAGUCAGCAGUCUCUGGUCAUCUCCUGUACUAUGUCGGCCGAUUUUUGCUC